AUGACCCUUCAAAAGUUACUGUGUGUUUCUUCUAAAGAAUACAAAUGUCAUGGAUUUAAUGACAUUGUGGAAAAACUAAAGAACCAAAAAGAAAUCAUACUCAAAGAUUUACAAGGCCCUGAGAAGUUCAUUUAUCCUAAAUAUUUCGAGAUUGCUGUUAUUAUCCUAAGACAAAGAGCUGAUCUGAAUAAAAACUCUCAGAAUUUAAAAAAAGCUAUUGACAAACAUGGAGAAGACUUUCAUCGAGAAAUAGACACCAUGAUCAAGAAACUAAAAUCAGAUCUUGAUGAAAUGGACUCCAAAUAUCUGGCUGCACUAAAUAAGAAGGAAGGUGAAAUCACAGCCAUCAUUUCUGAAAUCAAACAGAUCAUUGCUGAUCUGAAGAAGUUACUAAACUCAAAUGAUGUCAGUCUCGUCUCUGCCUACAAAUGCAGAAAUGUUGAUUUCAGAAGAUUGCCUCCUAAACUCAUAAUUACCUUACAAAGUUUUAAUCCUGCGAAAAUGAACAAGGAACAGCUUUACCAACAGUUUGGUUCUUUUUCGGCAUUGUCUAUUACAAUAGAAGAAGAUGGAAACACAAUGGAGUUUCCCGAUGCUGAGUCCUCUCUCCUGGACAGAUCUCUCAUUGAUAAACCAUGGAUCAUCACUGAAAUAAGACAUAAGUAUGGAAAUCCUAAUCAAUUAAGCUCUGUGUCAUGCAUAUGUAUGAGUAAUGAAGAUAUUUUGAUGACUUACGGAAGAAAAAUAAUGAGGCUGUACAACCUGCAGGGAACACUAGUGAAGUCAGUCGAAACCAUGCCAGGAGAGUCGGCCCGGGACAUAUCAGUCACAAUGAGUGGAGAUCUAGUUUAUAUAAAUGAGAUUAAAAGAACUGUGAACAUAGUGAAGAAUACACAGAUACAGACAUUAAUCAGACUACGGGGAUGGAGACCCCGCAGUGUUUGUAGUACCUCCUCUGAUGACCUCCUGGUUAUCAUGGUCAGUGACGAUAACAAACAAACAAAAGUUGCGCGUUACUCUGGAUCCACAGAAAAACAAAGUAUUCAAUAUAAUGACAAAGGAGAAUCUCUCUAUUCAUCUCGUAUAAAUAUAACCUAUAAACACAUCUGUGAGAACAGGAACCGAGAUAUCUGUGUGUCAGAUGUUGGAUUGCGUGCAUUAGUGGUGGUCAAUCAGGCUGGGAAACUCCGGUUUACCUAUACAGGUCUUUCUUCUACUACCAAGAGAUCAUUUGGUCCUCGCGGCAUCACAACAGACAGCCAGGGUCGGAUCCUGACAGCAGACCGUGACAACCACCAUAUCCACAUCCUUGAUCAGGACGGACAGUUCCUCUGCUUCAUUGACAACAGUGAUUUAAAGAGUCCAUGGGCCUUAUGUGUUGACACCCGAGGCAACCUCAUUAAUGCAGAAUUGGGAACUGGUAAAAUAAAGAAAAGAAAAUACUUAUUCAAAAUUCAAUUAAGGUCUUUCAGCAUGGACCCCAAGGGUAAUUGGGCCCAAGAUGUGUUACGGUGCCAUCUGUGUGAGACUCCGGUCCCUCCUAUGUACUGUGACAUUUGUCACAUACAUCUAUGUAAAGCCUGUGUGGGGGAGCAUCUCUCAGACGAAUCAACAGAACACAAAGUGGUACCAUUCAAAAAGCGGGAUUCAACUACGAAAUGUCAAAACCACUCCUCAAAAAUAUGUGAACUUUUCUGUAAACAAUGCGACAUUCCUAUUUGUGUAAAGUGUGCAUCUUCUAAAGAACAUAAAGGUCAUGAAUUUAUUGACGUGGUGGAAACACUAGAAAACCAAAAAGAAAUCAUACUGAGAGAUUUACAAGAAAUAGAGAAAUCCAUCUAUCCUAAAUAUGAGGAGAUUGCAUCUAUCAUCCCAGUUAUGAAAGCUGAUCUGAAUGAAAACACCAAGAAACUGACAAAAGCUAUUGACAAACAUGAAGAAGACUUGCGCAAAGAAAUAGACACCAUGAUCAAGAAACUGAAAUCAGAUCUUGAUCAAAUGGACUCCAAAUAUCUGACUGUACUAAAUAAACAGGAAAAUGAAAUCACCCGCACUAUUUUUGAAAUCAAACAGAGCAUUGCUGAUCUGAAGAAGUUACUAAACUCAAAUGAUGUCAGUCAUAUCUCUGCCUAUAAAUCCAGGAAUGAUGAAUUUAGAAGAUUGCCUCCUAAACUCACAGCUACCUUACCAAAAUUUACCCCUGAGAAAAUAAACAAAGAACAGCUUUAUCAACAGUUUGGUUCUCUGUCAGCAUUAUAUAUCAAAACAGAAGAACAUGGUUACACAAUGGAUUCUCCUGAUGCAGAGUCCUCUCCCCCAGACAGACCGCUCAUUAAUGUACCACGGGUCAUCACAGAAAUAAAUACCGAGUUUGGACGUAAUAAUCCAUUACGCCUUGGGUCAUGUCAGAGUGAUGAAGACGUUUGGACAUGUGGUAAUGACAAUAUGAUGAGACUCUACAAACUGCAGGGUGAACUAAUGAAGUCAGUCCAAACCAAGUCAGGGAACACUCCAUACUACAUAGCAUUGACAAGGAGUGGGGAUUUAGUUUAUACAGAUGAAGAUGAUAGAACUGUGAACAUAGUGAAGAAUACACAUAUACAGACAGUGAUCAGACUACGGGGGUGGAGACCUCUUAGUUUCUGUUGUACCUUUUCUGGUGACAUCCUGGUUGUCGUAAACAGUAAUAAUGAUAAACAAACAAAAGUUGUGCGUUACUUUGGCUCCAUGGAGAAACAAAGUAUUCAAUACAAUGACAAAGGACAACCUCUAUAUUCAACAGGUUUCCCUAAAUUCAUCUGUGAAAACAGGAACCUAGAUAUAUGUGUGUCAGAUUAUGACGCCCGUGCAGUAGUGGUGGUCAACCAGGCCGGGAAACUUCGCUUUACCUACACUGGUAAUAUCUCUAGUGCUACCUUGGGAUAUCCAUGCGACAUCGCUACAGACAGCCAGAGUCACAUCCUAAUAGCAGACUGUGACAACCACCGUAUCCACAUCCUGGACCAGGACGGACAGUUCCUCCGCUUCAUUGACAACUGUCAUUUAGAGGAUCCAUGGGGUUUAUGUGUGGACACCAGGGACAACCUCUUUGUGACCGAGUUUUACUCGGGUAAAGUGAAAAAAAUCAAAUAUAACAAAUAAAAGAUGUGUUGAAACCAAUAUAUUUGCUGUGGCAGUGAUUAUACAUGUGAGAAUUAAAUGAGCCUUUGUAGAUAGUCUAGUAUAACAGAUGUAAACAAACUGAGUGUGUAUUCAUAUAACUUGUGUAAACAGACGGAUUGUUUUGUGUACAUGUGAUAAGUGACAGCAAAAAGUUUUUAUUCAUUGAAUGUAUUUCAUUCAUUUAUACAUGU